AUGUACCUGUUAAACUAAAAGCUAAAAUCAACAUUGACAUGAAUUUAUUAUUAUUUACAUUUUAAGUAUUCUUUAAAUUGUAAUUAUUUCUCCGAAUGAAACUGGAUGCUAGCCUCGUCACUGAAAAUCAAUGUAAAACACGCAUGCGCGACCUACUGGCAAGUCUUGCUGUCAAGUCGGUCGGCCGGCCGAAAUUUGUUAUUAAAUCGAAAUUAGAAACAUUGGAGAUGUAAAUUAAACUGUUUAUGUACUAAAUCUUUAGAGGAAUUAAGAAAAAUUUUGUAAACUCAGAAAAAAAAAUAUGAUUGCAUGCAAGGAUAAAUAACAAAGAAAUUAAAAUCGUUAAGUAACGUUAAUAUACUUUAUUGUCAUCGUUAGUGUUUAAAAAUACAUUUUUCUGUCUAAUUACCAUAAUACUAUAAUGAAAAUCAAUAAGGCUUAUGUGGAUUGUGUUUUUCUAAAUAAUAUGUAACGGGUUUGUGAAUUUAUAUAUAACUAAAACAUCAGCAUGAAUGAAACUUUGGGGCGAGGUUACGCUCGCAUAGAGGCGAUUCGUGCAGCGCGCGGUGAGCCCUUGGCUUCGGUACCUGAGCCGGGAGCUCCGCCGCCAGACAAAUAUGACUUCGUCUAUAUCACACUGUUUGUUGCCGGUGCAGCAUUUCUUCUUCCAUUUAACAGUUUCAUCAUGGCGGUGGACUACUUCCAGACGCACUACCCGAACUCGACGAUAAUGUUCGACAUGUCCACUGUUUACAUCGCUUCGGCGUGCGUCGCUGUCGUCGCCAACAACAUGCUACUCGAUUUCUUUACGUACAACACUAGGAUUACUUUUGGAAUCCUUGUAUCUUUAUCUACCAUGUUGUUCGUCGCGGUGUGCAACAUCGGUUGGGACGGCUUCUCGAACCGGGUGUCGUAUAUUAUCAACCUGGUGGCUAUCGGCGUGGUCGCCUUUGGGUGCACCGUGCAACAAGCCUCUUACUACGGCUUCACUGGCUGUCUGCCGCCCCGGUACACUCAGGCUGUCAUGGCGGGGGAAAGUGCCGCUGGCUUCUGGGUAUCUCUAGACCGUAUAAUAACGAAGCACAGUUUCUCCCAGCCAAAACGCAGCACAUUCAUGUUCUUCGUGGUUUCCAUACUAAUACUCCUCGCCCACUCUAUGCAGCACCAUGUGAUGAUGAGACAUCCACUUGUGCAGUACUAUCUGAGACUUACUAUGGAGUCCCGACACCGACGCAGGAUUCAGCUGCACUUGAAUCCUAACGAGGAUGUUACAUUGAUGGAAAAUGAAGCGGGUGAAGGCAGUUUUGGUGUCUUGAAAUUACAAAGCCCUGCCCUAUCUACUGGCCAAGCGGAAACAGAAUCGUCAGCAUUCAGUUUCGCCAACCCAGUGUACUCGCCUACAGCGGCUGCGCCGGCGCCGCUAGCCUCCCCUCCACCCGCUUCUGAACCCUCCGCGUCUCCCACCGCCGCUCUCAGGACGCCUCGCCCCUCGUAUAAAGUGGAAGAUGUGGUGUUUGAAUCGCCAGAAAGGCCGACUUCUUGGCGGGCUUUCAAGCGCGGAGUACUAGCAAGAUGGGCGGUCGCCCGGGCCAUCUACCCGUACAUGGUAUCUAUCGGGCUGGUGUACUUCACCACGCUCAGCCUGUACCCGGGCAUCGCGUCCGAAGUGCCGUCGUGCCGCCUCGACGACUGGAUGCCAAUCGUGUUAAUGUCAUCGUUCAAUUUCUUCGAUUUCGUUGGCAAAAUAGCGGCAGCGUGGCCAUACGAGUGGAGUCGCAGCCAGUUGUUGAUGGCGAGCGGCGUGAGGCUUCUGCUGGUGCCGCUCAUGCUGCUGUGCGCGGCGCCGCGACACGAGCCACACAUCGUCGGUGAUAUGUAUCCCAUAAUGUUCUCGGUCGUGCUAGGGUUUACAAAUGGACUAUUUGGUUCCGUACCCAUGAUCAUGGCACCGUCACGUGUAGGAAGGGAACAUCGUGAGAUUGCAGGCAACAUGAUGACGCUGUCGUACAACGGCGGCCUGCUGUCCGGCUCCCUGGUGUCGUACCUGCUGCUCAGCAUGCUGGGCCCGCGCGUGCACUACAUGUGCCGCUCCUACCCCACGCCGCUGCUGCCUACCGUCACCCCCGCCACCACUGUGCCGACUAAUUUCACGUAUCCACUCACUCAUAUCUAAUAAACUGUGCAGACUUAUCUUAGGAAGGUUGACGAUCAUUUAGGCACUCUUAAAAAUGCCGCUCAGACAUAAGCAUACACCUGAUGUGGAACGUAUUGCGAAGAUUAGCAAGCGGGGAUUCUUCUUGCGGAAUGGCUCUCUCUUGCCUUCAAUUUUGCGUUGGAUUAUGAUAAGAAGGAAAUAACGUGGCACGGUUUAAAUACGUCUUUUCUGAGCCCGCGCGUCUAUCACAGGUGCUCCUACCGUACCCUGUACAACUUUAUAUUGUCUUAUUUUCCAAGUACGAAAAAUUCUAUAAAUUGUACUCACUGUACAAUUGCUUUGAAUUAGUGGGUUUUCUCCAGUAGUCACAGUUGUUUGCCGUCUGUGGUAGGAAUUCACUUAUUUGGUUACAUCUAUUGAUUCUAAGCUAACAACUAUUGAUUGAUAAGACAGAUUUAUCAUAAAAAAUGGGCAAAAUAUUAGAAAAAUGUCGUUACGUCGUACUCGACAUGCAGUGACAAGACAAAUAGAGAUGAAGAAGAAGAAUAAUUCAAUGACUGAAUAUUGCUUACAAAUUUUGUACAUUAUUAAGCAGGCAACAGGUCGGCUAGUAGAGAAUGCAAUUAGCAUAUAGAGCGCCUUUUUAACACUUGAUAAUAAAAGAUAAAUCGGACACAAUUUUUGUACCACAUAAGUACGCUUAUAAAGAAUAAAGAUUAUGCCAACUUUCGUUAUGGUUUUCCUGUGAAGAACACGGACAACGGAUUACAAAUAUUUCUUCAAGGCUCCAUAACUGCGCUUAACCCCUCCUUCAUGUUAAAUACGAAAGUUAAUAUUAAUAAAAAAAAUAGCAAUAACAUAUAACUGUGAAAUAUUUUUGUUUGUACAAUCAAUUUGAAUAACUUACACUUAUUAUAUUCUUUUUAAAGCCAGUAUGCAAAGAAUAGCAAAAUAAAACCUACGAGGAAAGUGUUAUGCGCCGCCACAUAGUAGCUGUUGUUACCUCACAGAAAAUCCAUCGAACAGUUACUCCUAAUUGUUAAGUUUGUUAUGUCGUUUGUAAGAAUGUGUCAACGCGGUUUUGUGCAAAAUAUGAGAACAAAAAUAAGUAGAAGGGAACCAAAAACAAAUAUUGAAUUUGUUUACCGCGAUUUGUGAGACUGAAAGAAGGUAGAAAAAUAUGAUGGAAGUUAUUUGAAUUUAGAAAAAUAUAGUGUAGUGUAGUAUCGUCAAAGCAGAGUUAUUUUUUGCAGUUUAAUUUUAAAUCAUUAAUUGUUGCUGUCAUCAGUAUAAUCAUGAUUUAAAUUUAGAUUUUUAAAUUGAAAAUAACAAAGGGAAAAUUCGACCACUCGGUGUUAAACUACAUAUAUUUUCACCAAGAAUGUAUAUCUAUAUUUUGGUGAUAAACUUUAAUAAUCAUUCAAAUAAGUAAUGAAAUAAGAAAACUUUUUCAAAAAUUAGCUUUUUAAAGCCUGGUUAACCAAGAAAUAGGUUUUACGAAGUAGACUUGAUUUUUAAUAAUAGCAAACUGCCUUUAAGGAUUAAAAGAUAACAUUUAAUCGCUAGCAAAUAUAGUUGUAUGUUUUGUAAUAUAUUGUACAUAAUAAGUGAAUGUAAAUAUUAUUUGUAUUUCUUUUACAAUACAUAUCGAUAUUAAAUGCCUCUUAAAUGGAGAUAUUACAGCAGGCGUAAGACGUAAAAAUAAAGUAAGCUUCCUUCACGAGUGUAAACUUUUUUUCAUAUAUAAAAACAAGCUUCGGUCAUCACAUUAAUUAUUAUAUCCAAUAAAAACCUGUUUAGUUAAUUGUUGUGAAUUAAUGACUAAAUAUAAUAAUUUAUGUCAGUAAUUUGAUAUACAUAUAGUCAUUGGUGUUUCCUUCCCUUCAAAAUGACAAUAGGUGAACAAUAAUUAAAAUAAUUAAAAAAGUUCCCAGAACUAAAGUGUUUCCAGAAUCGACCUAGGGCUAAACCCAAUUCGGCUGAUAGAAAUAAGGAAAAUCGAGUACCUCAAUGAGAUGAGACGCAUUUCAAUAGAUAGUUACUUUAUCUUUUAACACAGGUCUUUGGUAAGGUACCUAUUUUAUCAACCCUUUCCAAUUUUAUAGGAGAUUAAUAGCCCUGUCCUACAUUGAUUUUUACAUUUGCUCUCCAAGAAAAAAAGAAAAUGUCGAAAGGUCUGCAAUCUAAUGAAAUCAACGAUUUAAAUAAUUAUACUUCUCGUUACGAAAAUAAUGUAUCCCACAAAAUUAUCCGCUUUUAAGAGGUCGAUCGUUAUAUGAUAAAGCGUCGAUUGAUAUGACCGUAGAAAUAACACUUUAAUUGAAAGUGGUCAAACGAAGAUUACUGGUAGGUUAACAAAGGUCAAUUGAAUUUCAUUAAUAGAAGUUGGCAAAUACCAUAUAUAACUAAAAAAAAAAACUAUCUGUAAAAAGUUUGUUACA